UUAGAAAUUUAGUAGCUAUUUAGAUUUCGAUGGUUCGGAAACCUUGAGAAAUAUUAUAUCAGUUGAAAAUGCGAGCCGUAAGUACAUAAAUUGGGUGAACCAUGUCUUGAAAUCACAUAUGGCGUCUAUUGUGGAGGAUCUAAGAAUUACUUUUGGUUUGCGGGAAAAUCAUGCUAAUGAAAUCAAUGAAUGGAUACAUUUUGCUAUGUUCAAAAACGUUAAGAGGUUGAAAUUGGACUUUUCAUCUUUAUUAGGGUAUGACUGCUAUUCCUACUACACCUUUCAUGAAUUGUUCCUGCAAUUGCUGUGCAAUAUAUCUGGUUUCGACAGCCUAAUUUCAUUAAGCUUGAAUACUGUUGUUGUCACAGAUGAUACAGUUACUCGUAUUUUAUCAAAUUGUCCGUUGCUUGAAACGCUUGCAUUGAAAAAUACAAGAUCUCUUUGGAGUUUAGUUGUUAAUGGUCCACCACUCAAGUUAAAGCACUUGAAGAUUAAGCAUUGUUUUCAAUUAGCAGUUGUUGAGAUUUUAGCAGAAAACCUCGUCUCUUUCAAAUAUCUCGGGUCUCUCAUAGACAUCUCUUUUGGAAAUGUCCCCUUGCUCUCGGAAGUUCUGAUCGGAGGCGAUUAUGUUAAGUACUGGGUUAAUCAGCUCGACCAAUUGUCAUACGAUUUGUCUCAGCUACACACUCUUACUCUGAAUCAAAAUUACAUGGUUAGUUCAUCUCAUGCCAUGUUAUCUCUUGAUAAUCCUUCUUUCUUUUAUGGAGAGUCUCUCAAAGCUUUUUUAUUGUUUUUGGCUAUGUUUCUAGGGAAUGUUUCUUGUUGAUCCCUGUAGAGUUCCCUGAGUUUAGCAAUCUCAAGCAUUUGGAAUUGAAUUUUCUUGAAAUCAACUAUCAGAGUCUUGUCGUUCUAGUUUCCUUGUUAAGAGCAUGUCCUUGCUUGUAUUGCUUGAAGCUGAAGCAAGUUGAAAGACGUACACAUAAAUGUUUGAACUCGUUGGCUGGAAUAGAGAGAAACCUGAUAUUCAGCUUGCGACAUACCUGUAGCUGACCGUUAUGUCACUAGACAAGAUUAUUAUUGAUCUGUGUUACCACAAGAAACAUUGAAAAUUUCAACGGAGAUUGGAGACGAAAAAAGAACUCGAGUACUCUAAGGAGUGUGCCAGGUAGCUCCAGUCAAAAUUACUACUAGGGGCUGUGUUAUUGAUACGUUAAAACAUUUCUGAUUGUUUUUCAUAUAGCAUCCAAC